CUUGAAUGCAUCUUCUACGUCGACCGCAGAGCGGCCCCUCCCUUUGUGUUUUCCUCUCUCCGUCUCAGGACACACACACACGGCAGAUCGACAGAGCGACAGAACAAGAAAGACCUUCAUGACCACGCACUGGUUUGGUCAUGUUUCGCUCGACAAGUCAUUCAAUUAUCCAGGGCAACACAUACUCGAAAAACCCCCAUCCAUCCAUCCAUCCAACGUUCAUUUGUCAGGCCACCCAGAGAAAAAACUCUAUCGUGCAGUGCUGCGCUGUGUUAUGGUGUGCUGUGCUGCCAUUAAGCCAGCCACUCAGACGGCUAUCGAGUCAUCACUUGUGAGCACCCCCAGCGCCCCCCGCAGCGUCGUUGGCGUUGUGGAACAUGCGCCUGAGCAUCUUCUCCUUCUCGUACCGGCCCUUACUUUGGACACGAAGCGUCUUCUUGACGAGCUUGUAGGCGCCACCACUGUAGUCAUAGUGGUGUGUCACGUGCUCCACCCUGUAGCUUGAACCGUCCUCCUGCACCAAGAUGUCGCCUGGGGUCGUCUACACACACACACAGAGAGAGAGAAAUGGACCGAUCCAUCCAUCCAUCCAUCCAUGUGUACCAGAGGGUGCAGGCGAUAGCGGCCGACGUAUCUCAUUUGCGGCGGGUUGUUGAGUAUUUUCUCCAGCAAGUCGAAGGGCAGCAUGUUGUACUCCCGCACCCUCUUGCCGCGUAUCGACCGCUCGCUGAACCGCACAUUCAGCAGCCCCUCCUUGCCGGGGUCCUUCUCUAUCGGCACAUUCAGAUUGGGCGGCUUCAGCCGCUGCCGAUAGUUGGAGAACGUCAGAUCCUCCGCCCGGUCGUUGGGCGGCCACCGACUGCUGUCGUCCUCGCCGCCAUCGUACUCAUCGCUGUGGGCGGCAGAGAGGGGAGAGGAGGGCGGCCGCCGCCUCCUGACGCUGUGUGGUGAGCGGAAGGCAGCCAGCUGCCGCCGGUGUGACAGCAGAGAACGGCGCGGCUGGUGCAGGAAGGCACUGCUGACAGUGCUGAGCAGCCAUGAGGCGAGCCACAGCAGGAGGGAACCGAGCGGCGAGGAAGGGGCGUCAGAUCGAUGAGGGGAGCGGCUUCGCCGUCCCAUUGAGAAGCGGCCGCCUUUCCACCGCUCUGCAGCACCGCUCCACCGGACCGCGUGCACCCCUUCAGCUCAGUGUGGCAAAGAUCCUUGAAGGAGAGAAGGUGGAGGCCUCUUCCUCCUUUCUCUGCAGCCGCGAACUUGGGGAAAAGCUCGCGAUGCAGAGGGGCUAGGGCCUUCCAUGAAACCGCUGCAGAAGUGGACGAGCGCCACGUACAACACCACAUAUCAUCAUCUGUCAU